UCGAAAUUAGUAAACCCUCUUACUGUUCCCACCUGUUUUCUGUCAUCUUUAUCAUCAUUUAGCACGACAUCUUUGGAAGCUUUUGGCUUUCCCGCCUUUUAGUAUUUGUUACAACCACUACUACUAUUUAGAAAAAAAUUUAUUCCUUUUUCUCGUACCAAAAUUUUCAAAUGCUAUCAAUUAUUGCAAGAUGGUCGGCUCGUAAGGGCAGAAUCACCUCUGCUCUUAAUCCGACUGAACACUUAAAUGAUUCGUUCCCUUAUAUUAGACACAUUAUUAUUCAACUUCAUCACUAUCACCAACACUCAUUUUCACAAAACCCAACUCAACAUUACGCCUCUCUUCUCCAAUCUUGCAUCGCUCGGAAAGCAGUUGAUCCUGGAAAACAGCUCCACGCGCAUCUCUGCCUCACGGGUUUAGGCUACAACAUUUAUUUGGCAACGAAGCUGGUCAAUCUUUAUUGUGUUUGUGAUAAAUUGUCGAAUGCCCAUCACCUGUUUGAUAGAAUUCCUAAAGGAAAUAUUUUUCUUUGGAAUGUUUUGAUUCGUGGUUAUGCUUGGAAUGGACCUUACCAGGCUGCAAUUUCUUUGUAUUAUCAAAUGCUCGAUUAUGGGCUUGUUCCUGAUAAUUUUACCUUUCCGUUUGUGUUAAAAGCGUGCUCGGCCUUGUCCGCGAUUGAUGUGGGGAGGGAUAUUCAUGAACACGCGAAAAGAACGAAGUGGGAUAAGGAUGUUUUCGUGGGUGCCUCCCUUAUCGACAUGUAUGCUAAGUGUGGUUGUGUUGGUAGGUCGAGGCUGGUGUUUGACAAUGUUGCGGAGAGGGAUGUAGUUGUUUGGAAUUCAAUGCUUGCUGCUUACUCACAAAAUGGUCACCCUGAGGAUUGUUUGUCUUUAUGUGGUGAAAUGGCAUGUGAAGGUGUUAGACCUACGGAGGCGACCUUAGUGACUGCUAUUUCUGCUUCUGCUGAUGUGGCGGCCCUUCGACAGGGAAGGGAGCUUCAUGGGUAUAGUUGGAGACAGGGUUUUGACUCUCUGGACAAAGUGAAGACAGCACUCGUGGAUAUGUAUGCCAAGAGUGGGUCCGUGAAUGUUGCUAGGAUCUUGUUCGAAGCACUCGAGGAGAAAAGAGUUGUUUCUUGGAAUGCAAUGAUCACAGGAUAUGCAAUGCAUGGUCAUGCUAAUGCAGCACUUAGUUUGUUUAAUCAGAUGGUUGGAAAGGCUCAGCCGGAUCAUAUAACAUUUGUUGGGGUUUUAUCUGCUUGUAACCAUGGAGGUUUGUUGAAUGAAGGGAGAAUGUAUUUUGAUUCAAUGGUAAAAGAUUACGGAAUUGAACCAACCAUUCAGCACAUUACAUGCAUGGUUGAUCUCUUAGGUCAUAGUGGCCGCUUAGAUGAGGCUUAUGGACUUAUGAUGCAGAUGAAAGUUAUGCCAGAUGCUGGUGUCUGGGGUGCAUUGCUUAAUUCAUGCAAAAUCCAUGGUCAUGUGGAAUUUGCAGAAUUGGCAUUGGAGAGGUUAAUUGAACUUGAGCCUGAUGACGCAGGAAAUUACGUGAUUCUGUCAAACAUUUAUGCCCAAGCAGGUAGAUGGGAAGGUGUUGCAAAGCUUAGAGAACUAAUGAAUGAAAGAGGUGUAAAGAAAACCAUCGCGUACAGUUGGAUUGAAGUUAAAAACAAAGUACAUGCAUUUCUCUCGGGGGAUACCUCUCAUCCUAUGUCUGAUGAGAUUUAUGCAGAGCUAGACAGCUUGGGAGCACGAAUGGUACAAGCUGGUUAUGUCCCAAACAUUACACCUGUUUUCCAUGAUGUGGAAGAUGACGAGAAGAGCAGAAUGGUCUGCAGCCACAGUGAAAGGCUAGCGAUUGCUUUUGGACUAAUUAGUACGCCCCCAGGGACAAAGCUCUUGAUCACCAAGAACCUCCGAGUUUGCGAGGACUGUCAUGUUGCAAUCAAGUUUAUCUCAAAGUUAACAGAGAGAGAAAUCACUAUCAGAGAUGUCAAUCGCUAUCAUCAUUUCAAGGAUGGCCUCUGUUCUUGUGGAGAUUAUUGGUGAAACGGGUCUAGGAAUUUGGGUGUUGACAAGGGAGAUGAGAAACCAGUUGCUCCUUGAAAAAGAAUUGGCUUUUCUAACUGCGUGAAAGGAAAAUCAUUGACUGUGUUGGCAAAACACAAAACUCCUUAAAUGUGAUCCUGUUCUUGCUGUCAAUAAGGAAACAGUUCUAAUUGGGAUUCUGAAGUUGCACGACCAAGAGAUAUUGGGUUUGGCCAAUGUAAAGAUUGGGUCUUGUAAGGAAAACGCUAGGAUGUUGAAGAGAACUCUGAUUCAUUCCUGCACUUAAUCUUUGUUGCCACACCUCACUUCACGUCAAACAUCAGCUACUCUUGCAGCUCACAUAGAUUCGCCAUGAGAUAGUUAGUGGCCUUACCCUGUAUAUCUCAGUGGUGAAUAACAUGGCCAGUGUAUAUCUCUUGCAGCCAGAUAGUAUUUUCAUUCAUAGGUACUUGUAACUGCGAUCUGUGAUGUAUUUCUUUGUCGAACUCCUAAGGCUGAGUGGAAGUCAGCAUUGACAUGGUCAAAUGGCCAAAAGACCGAUUCAACUAUAUUCUCAUCAAAGGUAUUUAUCUCAAACAGCUGGUCAUGAACGGAAGCCUCUAUACUUUGAAUAACAUCUCUCCAAGCAACCACUGGCCAUGUUAUUUUUAGCAUGCUAAAACAGGUACUCCAUCUAUCUCAAUUUGUUCAGCACCACUCCUUUUUUUUUUUGCCCGUUGCAAAAAGAUUGAUACAAAUUUAUACUAAAAACCUUAUAUU